AUGAUAUAUCUGGUGAUGUGUCUCUCGGUCGUCAACACCGUUUUUGGGGAUGUAAGCUAUACUAUACCAGAGGAAUUGAAACGUGGAUCAGUCGUCGGAAACCUAGCUAAGGAUAUUGGACUUGAUGCCAAAACUCUUUCAUCUAGAAAGGCUCGCCUUAAUACAGAUGAUGGAAGCAAACGUUAUUUUGAGAUCGAGCGUAAUGCCGGCACUCUCAUUGUUGGAGACGCUAUAGACCGGGAGGAGCUUUGUGGAUCAAGGCCGUCGUGCUCUUUGAAAUAUCAGCUUGUGCUUGAGAAACCACUGGAAAUACACGGCAUAUCUGUUCAAAUUCAGGAUAUCAAUGACAACGCACCGCAAUUUUCAACAGAUCUGAUUAAUCUGGAGAUACAAGAGUCGGCAAAUAAAGGGACGCAGUUUCUGUUAAGCGAGGCGCAUGACGCAGACGUAUUGCAAAACGCAGUGCAAGGAUAUUCCCUCGAAAAGAAUGAUCAUUUUUCUUUACAAAUACGCACUAAUUCAGACGGGAUGAAAUAUAGUGAAUUGGUAAUGGAGAAAGAAUUAGAUCGGGAGCAACAACAAGAACACAAUUUAAUACUCACGGCCUUUGAUAACGGUACUCCACAGAAAUCCGCUAGUGUGGUUAUACACAUAAAUGUGCUAGAUGCAAACGACAAUGUGCCAGUCUUCAGUCAGCCAAUUUAUAGAGUGGAGUUGCCAGAAAAUGCUCCUUUAGACACCGUUGUUGUCACCGUGAGUGCUACAGACGCUGAUGAAGGAAUAAAUGGUGAGGUGACGUAUGAAUUAAGUCGAGUACCUGACAAAGUAGCCAGGACGUUUUCUUUGGACAAAGCAAGUGGGCAGAUUAAGGUGACUGGGCCCAUUGAUUUUGAAAAAGAAAAUAUUUAUGAAAUGCGAGUUCAAGCAAAAGAUGGGCUAGGAUCAGCAUCCAAUGUCAAAGUCAUUAUUGAAAUUACAGAUGUGAAUGACAAUGCGCCAGCAAUUGUGGUCCAAUCAUUGAACGAUGCGGUUCCCGAGAACAGUGUAGCUGGUACAGAGGUGGGAAUAAUCAAUGUCCAGGAUAAAGAUUCAGGUAGUAACCAGCAUAUUCAUUGCACUAUCCAGGGAAAUGUGCCCUUCAAAUUAAAUCCAUCAAUAAAAAACUACUACUCAAUUCUAACAACAGGAGAGCUUGACCGUGAAUUCAUAGCAUACUAUAAUCUAACAAUUACUGCUAUUGAUGAGGGCACACCCCCACUAUCGUCCUUCAAAACUAUACAAAUAUCUGUGUCAGAUGUAAAUGAUAAUCCCCCUGUAUUUGAACAUCAGUCCUACAGUGCAUAUGUGACUGAGAAUAACAAGCCUGGCUCCUCUGUCUGUUCUGUUACUGCGAGAGACCCAGACUGGAGACAGAAUGGCACAGUGUUCUACUCUCUGUUGCCCAGUGAGGUCAAUGGUGUUCCGGUCUCCUCUUAUGUAUCCAUUAAUGGAGACACAGGGGUGAUCCAUGCUCUGAGGGCCUUUGACUAUGAGCAGUUCAGAAGCUUCAAAGUUCAGGUUGUAGCCAGAGACAAUGGUUCUCCUCCACUCAGCAGCAACGUGACUGUGAGUGUGUUCAUAACAGAUGAGAAUGAUAACUCUCCUCAGAUAUUGUACCCUACUCCAGAAGUUAACUCCUUCAUGACUGAGAUGGUUCCUAAAGCUGCUCUUUCUGGCUCGCUGGUCUCCAAAGUGAUCGCUGUUGAUGCUGACUCUGGACAGAACGCGUGGCUGUCAUAUCAGAUCGUGAAGUCGACUGAUCCGGGACUUUUCACUAUUGGUCUCCACAGUGGAGAGAUCAGGGCUCAGAGGGACAUUUCUGAAUCUGACAGCAUGAAGCAGAACCUUGUGAUCUCAGUGAAAGAUAACGGACAGCCCUCUCUCUCUACAACCUGUGCCGUAUAUUUACUCAUCUCUGAUAACUUGGCUGAAGUUCCUGAACUGAAAGACAUGUCUUAUGAGGAGAGCAAUUCUAAACUCACAUCUUAUCUGAUCAUUGCUCUGGUGUCUGUUUCCACAUUUUUCCUCACUUUUAUCAUUCUCAUUGUGGCCAUACGGAUUUGCCACAGGAGAAAGCCCAGACUGUUGUUUGAUGGAGCAGUAGCCAUUCCCAGUGCAUAUUUACCUCCCAACUAUGCAGAUGUUGAUGGAACUGGAACUCUCCGUAGUGCUUACAACUAUGACGCCUAUAUGACCACAGGGUCACGUACCAGUGACUUCAAGUUUGUUACGUCCUACAAUGACAACACUCUGCCUUCUGGCACCACUCUGAAGAGGAGUCCAGGAGACAACAGUGACUGUCUCAACUUCACUUCACUUGACUUCACUGAGAAUGGAUCUAAAUUCUCCACUCUGGUCAUUGCUGUUUUUUUCUGGGCUCCCCUGGAAAUAGCAGGGAAUGUCUAG